CAAUGGGCUAUUCAAAACCAUGGCCACAAGUUAUUAAAAUCCUUACUGGAGGAAAAACGAGUGAAAUAGAUGCACGACCUUUGAUUGAAUAUUUUAAACCACUCACACAUUGGCUAAUUAAUGAAAAUAAAGCAGAACGAAUAGGAUGGUCUAGAUUAAAUGAAGACAUAGCACUAUUCGAGCCUUUAUCAAAGGCUAACAAUUGUUAUUCAGUCAACAGCUACUUAAUUGCAUUUKUKGUUUUCAACAUAUUAAACAAUUYGUACCAUUAAUUUGACAUGUUUAAUAAUAUUUUACAAAUUUUUAAUUGUGAU